AUGGAAUAUUAUUCUUCAUUAAGUGCAUCACAAUUAGAUUCAGAAAGACCCACAUUAUUUGAAUUAAUAUCAUCUAAUCAAUUAGAAAGGUUACUUUCACCUUCAUUAAGAUAUAUCCUUGUUCUUUAUGUUAAUAAAUAUCCAAAAUAUUUAAUUAAAAUUAAUAAUAAUUUCGAUGAGUUAAAUUUAGUGUUUCGUACAUUUAUCGAAUGGUAUUUUUUUAAGUAUUGGCUGGGUUCAUUCACUGAAAAUUUCUAUGGGAUAAAACGAGUAAGUCAGAAUAAGAUAGAUAAAUAUAAUUCUGGGAAAUUGACAAGUUUAGUACCUUCAAUGAUUGAAGAACGGAGAAAAUUAAGUAAGUUGCAGAUUGUAGUUUCCAUUUUUGAAAUCACCGGCGUGGCUUAUAUUAAUGAGAAGUUAAAUUAUUGGUAUGAGAUAUGGUAUACUAAAUACAUCACAAAUCAAUUAAACAAAAAUCCAAAUUUCACGACUAAGCAAAAUAUAGAAAUUGAGAUAAAGAGAAAGUUUGUGGAAUUAUAUCCGUAUAUUCAUAGUAGUUUUAAGUUGGCAAAUUUUAUAGCUACAAUAAUGUACUUAAGUGGUACCACUAAAUCACCAAGCAUUUUAACUUAUUUAUUCAAGACUAAUUAUUCAAGAUUAAAUCAAUAUGAUUAUGAUAAAAAUGAACCAAAGAUAACAGCCACUAGCAAAAUCAACAAAACGGCACCACCAACAAACAAUGAACUCCUUUUCAAAUUACUCACUAAAAUUACAUCACCAACUUGGAAAAUUAUCAAAUUCAUACUUGGAACUUUCUUCCCCGUUGCUAUAUUCUCAUUGAAAUUCGUAGAGUGGUGGAACAGCUCAAAUUUUUCAUCCAAAUUAUCGAAAAACACUGGAAAUGUGCUUGAUUUCACAUUACCUCCUCCAUCAACAUUAACUUCAGCAUUAAGAAAAACUAAAUCGAAAAGAAAGUCAGGUAAAGAAUGUGUUUUAUGUCAUAAAGAAAUAUCUAAUCCCGCUAUUAUUGAAACUGGUUAUGUGUUUGAUUAUGCUUGUAUUUAUAACUAUUUAGAAAAUUCACAUAUUAGAGAAAAUGAAAAAAUUGAUAUUGAAAAGGGUGGUAGAUGUCCAAUUACUGGUAGAAAGUUAUUAGGUUGUAAAUGGAAUGAAUUGAAACAAGGAUGGGAAAUUGAAGGUAUUAGAAGAUUGAUAUUCUAG